AUGGCCGCCACGUACAUCACGACACACCUCACCACAACGAGCAACUCGGUCGCGACCGCCACCUCGACGAUUAUCGCAGCCUUGGCGCCACCCGCGGGCUAUAACGUCGAUUUCGACAAUCCCGGCCGAAAAGGCGAUACCACAGGCUACUGGGUAUUUACCUUUGGCGUCGUAUUUGCUCUUCUGUUCUUGAUGAUGCGGCUAUACACCAAAAUAGUUGUUGCACGAUCCUUUGUCGUUGAUGAUGUUUUCAUUGUUGCUUCGUUUGUUUCUGGACUGGCCUGUCAGGGGCUUCUAGUCUACAUGUGGAAGAAUGAGAUCCAAGGUGUGCACGCCUGGGAGAUCCCAUUAGAACACUAUAACCUCUACAACCUGCUCAUCAUGUGCGCCUCUGUCAUCUACGCGCCAACUCAAGGCUUCGCCAAGCUCUCCCUCCUCCUCUUCUACCGGCGGCUGGCGCCGUUCGCCUGGUUCCGGGCGGCCAUCUACGUCGUCAUGUUCGUCGUCAUCGCGUACACGUUGGGCAUCAUGUUCUCGCUCAUCUUCCCGUGCAAGCCGAUCGCGUCCAACUGGGACAUCACGAUCGAGGAGGGCGAGUGCAUCAACAAAACAGGCAUCUACAUCGCCACCGCCGUCAUCAACAUCGCGACCGACAUCGCGCUCCUCCUCCUCCCCGUCCCCGUGCUCGCGCGGCUGCAGAUCCCGCGCCUCGAAAAGGCCGCCCUGAUCGCCAUGUUCGGCGUCGGAUCGAUGACGUGCGUCACCAGCGUGGUGCGGCUCGUCAUCCUGAUCCCGAUGCUCACGGACCUCGACCAGACGUGGGCCGUGUCCGUCCCGUGCGUGUGGAUCCUCGUCGAAGCCAACCUCGUCGUCAUCUGCGGCUGCCUGCCCAUCGUGCGCAAGUUCGCGCGGCACGUCGCGCCCAAACUGUUCUUCCACUCGCACGUCGCCGGCGCGUCUGGCCCGUCCGACGAUCCGUCCGCGGCGUCGUCCGGCGGGACUAGUGGUAAGAAGAGGAAAAGCAAGGGCAGGAGCAGCAGGAGCAGGACGGCGGAGUUUACGUUCCAGACGAUUGGGAGUAAGAGGAGUAGGCCGCUGGUGGGGGGCGCGAGGAAGGGGAGGAGAGGUGGUCGGGGUGGGUUGGGGGAGGAUCAUAGCAAUAUCGAGCUGAACACGACGUGGGUGGGCGACGACACGGUUGUUGGGGCGGGAGAUGACAAGGCGGAGAGCUCGGUGGGGGAUGAUGAUGGGAGGGGGGUGAGGAGGACGUGGAGCGAUGGGGGGAGCGAGACGUGUAUAGUGGAGACGAAGACGACGGUGGUGGAGUAUGGAGAUGCGAGCGAGAGUAUGAAGGAUGGAUUCGCAAGGCCGAGGGGGGUAUGA